UGAAAGCGCUGAAACACGAAUUUAGUACAGGAACCCUACAAUGGCACGACUUUGGAAGGACGUUUUCGUGAGCUUAUGUUGUUGCGUUUGGCUAUCCAACUUAGCAUGGUCUUUAAGGUGUUUUUCUUGCGAAGGACUCAUCGACACAAAAUGCGAGAGCAGUACAACAAAAAUUGAGUGUCCCAGUAACGGAGAGCAAGUGUAUGACUCGUGUUACACCGUGAAAAGAAUUAUGGACUACCCCAUUAUUGGGAGACGAACAGAGGUGUUAAAAAACUGCUCCGUUUUAGCAAAAUGCUCAUUUCUGGAAACAUUGAUUUGCGACAACUUCUACGGAUUCAUCAACAGUUGCUCAAUUGAAUGCUGUACUGGGGAUCUGUGUAAUAACAAGACAUUUCAGUACAGUAAAACGUCUGUAACACCCACGAACUUCGGGAUCGUGGAAACACGCGUGAACGUCACGCGGACUGUUGUGUCAAACAACGCGACACGUAAACCAGAUGACACAUCCGAGAUUACUAUGACGUCGACAGUUUCAAUGAUACAGAAUUCUAUGUCAUUUGAGAAAGCGCUGACAUCCUGGACUUCAGUGACGACAUCCUGGACUUCACAAAAAAGUCAAGGAGCCAUAUUCAGCAGUGCUCGUCCCGCCAUUGAGCCAACGAUCGAGGUCAAACCAGUCAGCGGUGACGCAAAAAGCAUCUGCGUUAAGCUGCCAGUUCUAAUGUUAAUGACGAUUUUGGUCUUUGAAAUCAACCACGACAGUUUAUAGAGAAGAAAGCUUGUUUUUACCCCACUUUCUUUUUUCCAAUGACCGAUUUUAAGUAACGAAAACCGCGGGAAUCUUUUAUUUCAAAUUACGUUCAUAGACAAAACGGUAUAAAUAUUGCUUUCCUCGGAAACCACGAUACAUUAAUUAUCCUUGUCUCUAGAUCUUUCUCUUCUGUAGGUCACGUCAUCGGCUAGACGUAGUCCUCUAAACUUUAGAAAACGAAUAGCAAAAUGAAAGCCAAUGGAGAGUGUUAUAGUGGAAAAUGAGUGCAGCAUUAUAAGUAACGAUAACUGCCGUAUAAAAGGCAUGGCUCCUGUCUGCGUUCAAGCCCAGUGGCCCAUAAGGCCAUGCCGGCCUGCAUUAGUUAGCCCAAGCGUUAACUCUGUGGGUACCCUUUCAAACCAAGCUAAGGACACAACAAAACGACCUUAGCCCGGGCUCGAGCCGAAACCGCUCGAUCCGGAGUCCAGCGGCUUCGCGCUAACCAUUAGGCCACCGCUCGCGCGUCUCCCACAGUAUUGGUAGGAAUGUAUCAGUUAAUAAGAGAGAAAAGAAUAACUGAAUAUGGAUCGAUUCAGAGAUGAUAGAUAAGAUCGAAUCUCUUCAUGCAGACACCACCACAAAAAGGACACUGCUAUGUUACGCACGAUUCACGCAGAAUAAAAACAAUCUUUGCCUCUGUACUGUAAUACGAACGCGGCCUUUAUAAUAUGGUCGUUGCACCUUGUCCCUAUGACGUCUGGUUUAAUCAUGUUAGACUGUAGUCUGUUUUUAUCGUCAAUGUCUUUGGCCCGCAUUUCUUUUCAAGCGUUAUCGUAGUCUUAAUUUCCGUGUCGACAAGACCUUUAGGAACAGGUCCGCAAUUCGUACAUGUGUGAUCUGCGACAUCGAAUUUGUCAUUCUCGUCCCCAUAGUCCUUUUUAACUAAAAUUGGUGAUAUGAAAAUGAACGACAGCUAUAGAGUCCGUGCCCACUGGACUAAGAUCUAACGCAUACUUGUGCGGGGUCACUGUAGUAAGAAGGUAAAGAGGUAAGGUUAUAGACGGGCUAAACUGACGCAUAAAGCCAAACCGUAUUUCAAGUUCAGCAGUAUAAAACAGUAAUCGGUAUGGCGGUAUGGCUCUUCCUGAGCUGGGUACUAGUCCAACGCCAGGUGUCAUCGUGGGCUCCUGUUUCCAGGUAACAUUUUAUACUAAGCUAGUCCAGGAUUAGCGAGAAUUUUGUUUUCAGUUUUGUAGUUUUCUGGUGAGGUUUUCUGUUUCCGUUUUUUUUG